GCCUUGAACGACUUUGGAGACUCUUCCCCUCAAGAGGUGUGAUGAGAAAUGGCUUUGGGGAACAACACGCAGCGCAGUUACUCCAUCAUCCCAUGCUUCAUUUUUGUCGAGCUCGUCAUUAUGGCUGGGACCAUCCUGCUCGCCUACUACUUCGAGUGCACGGACACGUUCCAGGUGCACAUCCAGGGCUUCUUUUGCCAGGACGGAGAUCUGAUGAAACCUUACCCAGGAACAGAGGAUGAAAGCGUCAUUUCCCCGCUGGUCCUCUACUGUGUGCUGGCUGCCACACCGACAGCAAUUAUUUUUAUUGGAGAGAUAUCCAUGUAUUUCAUCAAGUCUACCAGAGAAAGCCUGAUUGUCCAGGAGAAAACAAUUUUGACAGGAGAAUGCUGUUACCUGAACCCAUUACUUCGGAGAAUCAUUCGAUUUAUAGGAGUGUUCGCAUUUGGCCUUUUCGCCACUGACAUAUUUGUAAAUGCUGGCCAGGUUGUGACGGGCAACUUGGCACCCUAUUUCUUGACUGUGUGUAAACCCAACUACACUGGGAGCGACUGCCGGGCUCAUCACCAGUUUGUAAACAAUGGGAAUAUCUGCACCGGAGACCAGGAUGUGAUUGAGAAGGCGAGGAGAUCCUUUCCAUCCAAACAUGCUGCUUUAAGCAUUUAUUCAGCCUUAUAUGCUACUAUGUACAUCACUAGCACAAUCAAGACGAAGAGCAGUCGACUAGCCAAGCCAGUGUUGUGCCUGGGGACUCUUUGUGCCGCAUUCCUCACCGGGCUCAACCGAGUUUCCGAGUAUCGAAACCAUUGCUCAGAUGUCAUUGCAGGCUUCAUCUUGGGAAGUGCAGUAGCUCUCUUUCUGGGAACGUGUGUGGUCCAUAACUUCAAAGGAACACAUGGAGCUCCUUCUAAAUCAAAGCCAGAUGAACAGCGAGGGAUGCCCCUGAUGGCAUUUCCAAGAGUGGAAAGUCCUUUGGAGACAUUGAGCGCGCAGAAUCAUUCUGCCUCUAUGACUGAAGUCACCUGAUCGGCAAGACUGCAAGAGAAGCUAUUUUUUAAUUGCCCUCCAGUACAAUACUCCCAAGACAUCACACAGUUAAACUCAGUGUCAGACUGCGAUGACCAGUAUUAUGUUAUGUCUAGUUAGAAGCUAAUGUUUUGUACAUUUUUGUAUGAGGAAGUGAUGUAGCUUGCCCUGGAAUUUCCCCCUCCUCCCUUUUGGUCAGCUUUAAUAUAUUUAUGCCAGAAUUUAAGAAAAAA